AUGCCAAUCAUCAGGAAUCCCUUCCGUCGCACCGAAGAGGUUGCGCGCCCCGUCGAACCCCAGCCCGCCAGUCGCAAUGUCUCUGCUCCGCGCUCAAUCGACAUUGGACAGCCCGCCGAGUACAAGCUGAGUGAAAUCAACGACAGCGGCGUAUAUCUUCCUCCCUCCCCGACCGAGCGCAAGAACUUCUGGUCGACAAAGUCAAGCAGCUCAACCAACACAACCACCAGCCACCGUGCUAUGCUCAGCGACGAGCCCUUCAACAUUUCCAGAGAAUCAUUCGACUCAUAUAGGCGUUCAUUCGAUAUCUCGGCUCGUUCACCCGUCAUCCCUCCCGAGGGCCGUCCCCGCCAAUCUCUCGAUUCUUCAUACCACCGUCAACCUCCACGCAGCUCUCUAGCCCUCAACAGACCUCUACCAACAGCAGACGAAGGCUUCGAAGACGUCGGUCUUGAGGACCCCAAGCCGAAGAAGCGCGGUUUCCUGUCACGUUUCGCAGACAGCAACGACGAGGGUACAGACGCCAAACCCACGUCAAGUCAUCACGGUUUCCACUUUGGAAGUGGUCGCAAGAGAGGUCAGAGCGGUCAAGGUGCUGAGCUAAAGCCCAUGACAGAGAAGUCCAACGACGAGUAA